UAGCAGCUUCCUUUUACAGCUUGCAGAGGCAGACCAUGAACAAGUGAAAGAACGGACCUAAAAGUAUGCACAGCGAGAAGAUGAAAAUAGCCAGAAAGAAAAACUGAGUCUACGUAGGUUGCUGCCGUUUAUUUUUUGUUAAAGAGCAGAUGCAAAACUCUUGAGCUCAGGCUCUUGGGUUGGAAACAGGAUGCCAGGUUAUCAACCUUGGUACCAUGGUAAUAUAACUCGAUCCAAAGCCGAGGAUCUACUUUCCAAGGCAGCGAGAGAUGGAAGCUUCCUUAUCCGGGACAGUGAGUCCAUACAGGGAGCGUAUGCCCUCUGUGUUUUAUACCUGAACUGUGUGUACACAUACAGAAUCCUGCCAAAUGAGGACAAGAAGCUUUCUGUCCAGGCCUCUGAAGGAGUUCCUAUAAGGUUCUUCACUAUGCUGCCUGAGCUGGUGGAGGCAUAUUACAGCCCCAACAUGGGUCUGAUCACACAUCUGCAGUACUCGGUCCAGAGGGAGGAGGAGGUCGACGAGGAGCCAGAGGGUCUUCCACCGCAGCUUCCACCCAGACACUUCACAGCCGAUGACUCCAAGGCUUCUGAACAGCAGUGCAAGUCCUUAUCAGACUCCUUCCUGAUGAGGCUGCAGCACAUGGACUUGUCCACAAUAACAGAGGAACAUCAAGUAGCGAUCCAGGAAUACUUCAGGUCUUCGAUCUGCUUGGACGCUGAACAAGCACAGAACGGUAACCCAAACCUCCCCGGACUGAGGAAGCUAAUGAUGGCGCUAUGCAAGAAUCUGAACAGUGAAAUUUCCCACAUCCUGCCAGCCCUGGAAGUCUUUCAUCGAGCGUUGGACCAGCAGCUCUCUCCAGGGAUUGGACACGUCCCGAAACAAAUUUCUGUUGAUUCAGGUCCAUCUGUAUCCUAUCGGCUUGAGCAACUGACAAAGCUGCUCUACUCAAUAGAAGAUAAGGCUAAAAGUUCUGUCUUUGAGUCUGUUGGAUAUGAUGGCGGUCACAGGAAAUCUCUCAUACCGAUUGUUACGUUUGAGGUCAAGCAAGAAUCUCUUGCCAUUCCCACAAAGAUGUUCCUGAAAGUGGAUGUUGAAGGAGGGAAGCUCUAUUUUAAGAAGUCCAAAGAAGGACCUGAAGACAAAUACUUUGUGCACAAUAAAAUCCUGCAGUUGGUGAAAUCCCAGAAAAUGCAUGCCAAACUUGUCAUCGUGGUGGAGACAGAGAAAGAGAAGAUUUUGCGCAAAGAGUUUGUGUUUGAUGAUGCAAAGAAAAGAGAAGGUUUCUGUCAGCUGCUUCAACUGAUGAAGAACAAACACUCGGAAAAGCCUGAACCGGACAUGAUCACAGUGUUUGUUGGCACCUGGAACAUGGGCAAUGCUGGUCCUCCCCACAACAUCAAGUCUUGGUUUCAGUGUAAAGGCCAAGGGAAGACACAAGACGACACUGCAGAUCACAUUCCACAUGAUUUCUACGUCAUCGGGACUCAGGAGGAUCCUCUGGGUGAGAGGGAGUGGGCAGACACGGUGAAAGGUGUCCUAAGGAACAUCACAAACAUUAGCUUCAAACAAGUGGCGAUUCACACGCUGUGGAACAUUCGGAUCAUUGUCCUGGCCAAGCCUGAGCACGAAAAUAGGAUCUCCCAUGUCUUUUCAGACAGUGUGAAGACAGGGAUCGCCAACACUUUGGGAAACAAAGGAGCAGUGGGCAUCUCCUUCAUGUUCAACGGUACAUCUUUUGGGUUUGUCAACAGUCACCUGACGUCUGGAAGUGAGAAGAAGCUCAGACGCAAUCAAAACUACACCAACAUCCUGCGAUUUCUGAAUCUGGGAGAUAAGAAGCUGAAUCCGUUUGAUAUCACACAUCAGUUCACGCACCUCUUCUGGCUUGGAGAUCUGAACUACCGGGUAGAAUUCCCAUCUACGGAAGCUGAGUACAUUGUGACAAAGAUCAAACAGCAGCAGUACCAGGAACUCCUCAGUAAAGACCAGCUCAGCAUGGAGAGGACUGAGGGAAAGGUCUUCUUGCAUUUUGAUGAAGAGGAAAUCAGCUUCGCACCCACAUAUCGCUUUGAAAGAGACACGCGAGAGAAGUAUGCCUACACAAAGGCCAAAGCCACGGGGACAAAAUACAAUUUGCCUUCGUGGUGUGAUCGCGUCCUGUGGAAGUCAUUUCCUCUGGUUUAUGUUUUCUGCCAAGCAUACGGUUGCACUAACGACAUCAUGACAAGCGACCACUCGCCGGUUUUUGCCUCGUUUGAAGUCGGUGUCGCCUCACAGUUUGUCUCCAAGCAGGAUCCAGACAGCGCACCUCAAGGUGGAAUACAAAUCAUGAACUGUGUGGCCACCUUGUUGACAAAAUCAAAGACCAAGUUCUUCAUCGAAUUCCAUUCCAGCUGCUUGGAGAAGACAGUGAAGACCUCAGAGGGAGAGAACGUAGAGCAUCCUGCCGGCUCCAUAAAAGUUCGGUUUGGCAACCAAGUUCAGCUCACCCCCAUCAUCUCCGACCCUGAGUACCUGUUGGACCAGCACAUUCUCAUCUGUGUGAAGUCGACCGACUGCGACGAGUCGUAUGGAGAGGGAUGUGUGGCGCUGCGAGCCGCCCAGUUCUGCUACACAGAGUUCCACAUCACACUGACGCACCACGGAGAGAAGACGGGUACUUUGACAGGUGGCAUCCAGUUACACACCUCCGAAGGGAAGCCCACUGAGAAGCUAUACGAUUUCAUCAAAAUCGAGAAGGAUGACCCAGUCACCUCAAAAGGCAAAGGCGGAGACAACAAGUUGUCCGCCAGUCAUGCUCAUGAUAUUUCUAACCCCAGUUACAUGGGAUUGUCAUUCAGAGCUGGGAAUGUGACGGAUAAAGGCUGGAGUUACAGCAUGCCAAAACGAAACCAACAUAACAUCGGACAAGGGGGUAAAGAUUCAAAGAAAGAUGGUUAUGAUGUGGGUGCACGCAGUCCCACAGGGAAAGUUUGUUCCACAGGUGAGGAUGAAAAGUUGACAGAGAUGCUUGACAACCCGCUGUAUGGUUCAAUGGGAAAAUCACACAGUCGGUCCAAGGACCAGGAGCACCAACAGAAGGAUCACCUUGCACCAGAUCCACUGUUUUCAUCCUCCAAGGCAGCAGAUGGAGACCCUGAUCGCCCCCCGGUGCCAACCCCACGCAACCGCUCCUUCACCUGCUCUGAGAACAAACCUCAGCCUCCAGCUCCUGUCACCCAGCAUCCGUCAGCACAUAAGAAACCGGUGGUGCCGUCACGCUCGGAAGCCGGGAUGGCACACAACCGGCCUCCUUUGCCCGUUAAGUUCCGGCCGGGUGUCCCAGACCCCCAAACCCCCAAACCCAGAGACUACAGAGACAGCUCCGAGCUCCCCAGCAAACACAGACCACCGGCAAGACCUGGUCAGCUACACAAAGACAGCAAAGAACAGUUUUAACCCUCAUAUAUUAGAUGUGAUGAUGCAAACUCUUUCUUUUCCUUUUGUAUAUCCAGAAGUUCCCAAGAUGGGCCGACCUGUGAAGUGAGAUCAGGCUGCAGCGACGGUCGGCACUGACUGUACAACUUUCUGCAUUUGUUAAAACAUGAGAGUUAGAUGAUGAAACUGUUCCAGCCAGCAGUCCAUUAGCUUAGCUUAGCAUCUAUCCAGAGGAAACGAAACCCAACAACAACCUGCUAAAGCUUACUAACCCCUCUCAGACAUGCACGUCUUUGCAUAGAUGGCAUCUGAAUGUGUUUGUUUCAUGUCUGAAGGAACACUCACUUUUCUGUAUAAGUUGUGUUGCUUGGUCAGAUGUAGUAAUAUUUCCACAUCACUUUCAACAUGACACAAGUGUGAACUACAUGCAGUUGCACUGUCAGAUAGACACAAGUAACAUAGUUCAACUAAGUGAUCUGAGGAACACUUUAUCACCUUCUGGCAUGCAACAUUGGUCAAAAAACUUCACAGAAAGCAAAAGCGCAGUUUUCUGCCAAAAAUCACAAAACACCCUUUUCAUGAAUUUUGUUACAAUUUCACUCUAUUAAACCACAAGCUGAAAUGUCCAGAAAAAUAAAACUUUCUUUUGAUGAAGACAGAAUCUGUAGCAGAUUAAUGAGACUCACCAGUAAUGAAGGUAAUCUAUGCUUUGACAAAACAUCAACAGGAGCCGAAGGUCAGUUUAUUGGUUCUCGCUGUUUGUAGUUGUAUUCCCUCUGAGUUUAUUAAACACUUGCCACAUCAGAUUUGCUAUGAGCGUCUGUAAAAGCAAGAGAGUUUGAUUAUUUAUGCAUGUGGUACUUUUUUUUCCCCACAUAACAGAAUAAUGUCACUUAACAGACUGAGAAAGCAGCAAUAUCCUGUAUCCCAUGUCAGAAAAGGGGCUAAUGUAACAUAUUUAAUGUAAGGUCAGGCUAGAAGUUUCCCUCUCUUUCCAGUCAUUAUGCUAAGGUAAGCUAACUGUCCACCGGCUUUAGAGGAAACUGCUCGCCUUGCCAACUCUGAUGGCAUUAAAUGUGUUAAAGGGCUUAUUUACCACAUUUAACACCAUCUGAGUUAGCUAGACUAGCAAUUUCCUUCAAUUUCCAGUCUUUAUGCUAAGCUAAGCUAACUAUCUGCUGGCUGGAGCUCCAUAUUUUACAGGCAAGGUCAUCCUCUCAUCUAACUCUUCUGUUGUUUGAGCCCUCCUCCCAAAGUGUUGAAAUGUUCCUUUAACGUUAUGUAACCAUUGGAGACACAUUUUCAGGCUUCAUUUGUGCUAAACUCGCAUUCCAGCAUCAGAUUUUAAAUGGAACUCUACUUCUAAAUGCCUUCCAUUUCAUGUUGAGUUUACACUAUACAGCCGCCAAUGAAUGUUUACCACACAGUAUUAUCUUGCACAGACAUGUUUGCCUUUAAGAUGUACAAUAAAUGCUCAAAUAAAAUAAAUCAAAUAUUAAUGCUUAA